AGUGAAUCAGGUUAACACUGUAUGCGUAAAGAGGCCUUGCUCGCUGGGUGCUGAAUUAGGGGCUGACGUGGUACUCGGCAAAUGCGCCGGAGUUUAAUUGCGAACAUAGUUUCGGUACCACGCGAGCAACUGUCUUGUCAACAGUCCUGUCAGUCUUGUGUCCCGUCCGCUGGACUUGUUACAUAAUGGUUUUCAACAUACUAUAAGACUUAAGCCAUCGGCCGCAAAUUCCUUUCACCUAGUGGAUAAACAACAUGGCCGCCGAAGUUCAGGCAAUCACCAUUGCUGUCACGGCAGGGCGUGACUGUGCCAUGACCGGGGACUAUUCCGCGAGUGUGACUUACUAUGAAAACGCAGUUGAUUCAACGACAAGGUACAUUCGUAUGCUUGGUGACCCACACGCCAUCCGCCAGUGGACUGCUCUCCUACACCAACUCCAGGAGGAGUUCAGCAUCGUCCGGCAGUGUGACAAGGAAGCCCGCGGAAUGCGCAUGGACCCUGGCGUGUCCCGUUCAAACAGUUACCAGGACAUGGGAGACGCGCGGGGCUCCUCAUCGUAUGACGACGGUUACCGUCAACCAAUUGUUGUGUGCCACAAUCCGGGACAGAGCCAGGACGACCCCAUGGUUUGGCGCCCGCCCACGAGAGAGGGCCGUGGCGGCGGCGUUGCGUUCCGUGCGCCGGCAGGCCGAGCGCGCGCUAGUCAAGACGACAACCGUCAGAUGCCGUCAUGGGCCAACAACGGCGGAGGCGGUCGGGGGGGGAACAGUGGCGGGCCAUCGGGCAGGUCCUCCUCAGCACAACGGCGACCCACAGGGAGCGCAAACCCGGGCGGCGGCGCCAACCAAGGCAGCUACGACAAGCCCUGGCGGCAAAACAUGGCGGGCAAGGGUAACGCCGCCGGUGCGGCGGGCGGCAAGGGCGGCGGCCCCGGUGGUGCGGCGCCCGGCAACAAGAAGCAAUACAUAGGACCCGAUCAGGAGCUGGCUACGAUGCUCGAACGGGAUAUCAUUGAUCAGGGGAUCAACAUCAAGUGGGACGACAUUGCCGGGCUGGAGGAGGCUAAGCGGGUGCUGAACGAGGCCCUGGUGCUUCCCAUGAUCAUGCCCGACUUUUUCACGGGUAUUCGCCGGCCUGUCAAGGGUGUGCUGCUCUUCGGGCCCCCUGGGACCGGCAAGACUAUGUUGGCCAAAGCCGCUGCUACAGAAACGUCGUGCACCUUCUUCAACGUCUCGUCGGCCACGUUGGCGUCCAAGUACCGGGGCGAGAGCGAACGCAUGGUGCGCGUGUUGUUCGACAUGGCUCGCGAGAUGGCGCCGUCCAUGAUCUUCAUUGACGAGGUGGACUCGCUGUGCUCGCAGCGCGGCACAGCGAACGAACACGAGGCCUCGCGCCGCGUCAAGACGGAGCUGCUGGUGCAGGCACGUGGGGGCUGCCAAAUCGACGGCGUGCACGGCGGUGGCGGCGACAAGGACAAGGACAGCGCCUCGGCCGACGGCGAACCGCCAGCGCCGCGCCACGUGUUCGUGCUGGCUGCCACCAACUUCCCGUGGGACAUCGAUGAAGCGUUGCGACGCCGCCUGGAGAAGCGCGUGUAUAUCCCAUUGCCCGGGCAGGCACAGCGGCUGCAGCUGCUCAAGAUCAAUCUCAAGGAUGUGGAUGUGGCGCCGGGCGUCAACCUGGAUUCGGUGGCUGCGCAGCUGGAGGGCUACAGCGGCGACGACAUCACCAACAUCUGCCGUGACGCGGCCAUGAACGGCAUGCGGCGGUUGGUGGCUGGCAAGACGCCCGCAGAAAUCAAGGCGCUUCGGGAGGCUGGCAAGGACAGCUUUAAAGAGCCGGUCACAUCCGAGGACUUCCAGCAGGCCAUUCGCAAGAUCAACCCCUCUGUAUCGAAAGAGGACAUCAAGCGCCACGAGGAGUGGCUCAAUGUGUUCGGAAGUACUUAG